UGGAUGAAACACAUUUGACAGAACCCAUAUAGAACUCGUUCUCUAGCAUACAGGGUUUUAACCCAGCAUUUUUUUAGAAGAAAAAGAGCGAAUUCAAUUGAGAACUGCAAACAGUUCAUUUGCAAACGGCAUUAUUUCACUUCAGUUCUACAACUCAGCUCGAGUUAGGGAGACAACGCAACUUCUUACAUCUCCGUAUCUUUAGCCAACAACUUAGAUUUUGAAAAGUUUGCAUCCAUUUAUUCUGAUCUCUUUCUCCCUCAACUAAUAUCGAAACCACCGUUGUUAAAAUGGACACCAUCCUAGACAACUUCACCUCCGAGAAACUUUUCCCUAACUCCAAUCUCUUGGAUUUAGAAGAUCUGAAUGAAGCCGACUUCCUCAGUAACGUGCACUUCAACGAGAACAUGGAGGACUUCUCCAACGAGCUCUUCAGCAGCUUUUUCGACGAUCACCUGCUUGCGGAGAAAAACCCCCUGCUGGAUAUGGAGAUGGACCCCCCCACACCUGACAUCCAGGCUGAGCACAGCUACUCGCUGAGCGGGGACUCUGCGCCACAGAGCCCCUCUCUCCCCAUCAAGAUGGACGAGGGGGGAAAAGAUUCCGAUGGGAGUAUCUGGUCCUUCGGUCAUGACCUGACUGCCAUCCUGGUGAAGCAGGAGCCAAACCUGCUGGCUGAACCAGCCCCGUCCCCCCUCAUGGGCAACCCCCCGCAGCCACUGAACUUAGCCCCCCCGCCCAGAGAGAGCCCCCCGGAGGACAUGGCUCCAAAAGCUCUGAGUCCCCUGCCACCUAUAAAAGCUGAGCCCAGAGAUGUUAACCAGUUCCUCAACGUUCCAUCAGAUGAGCAGUUGCAGCUGCCGCCCACUCCUCCCAGCAGCCACGGCAGCGACAGCGACGGUUCCCAGAGCCCCCGCUCCCUGCCCCCCUCCAGCCCGGCGCGCCUGCCCCCCCGCGCCUCCACCGCCAUCUCCUCCUCGCCCCUCCUCACCGCCCCCCACAAGCUGCAGGGAACCUCAGGACCCCUGAUGCUGACAGAGGAAGAGAAGCGCACCCUCAUCGCGGAGGGCUACCCUGUGCCCAACAAACUGCCCCUCACCAAGGCUGAGGAGAAGGCACUGAAGAGGGUCAGGAGGAAGAUCAAGAACAAGAUUUCCGCUCAGGAGAGCAGGCGCAAGAAGAAGGAGUAUGUGGAGUGCCUAGAGAAGAAGGUGGAGACAUACACCUCGGAGAACAACGAGCUGUGGAAGAAAGUGGAAACGCUGGAGAGUGCCAACAGGUCUCUCCUCCAGCAGCUGCAGAAACUGCAGGUCCUGGUAGCUGGAAAGGUGCCCCGCUCUUGCAAAAUGGCUUCAACCCAAACAGGGACUUGCCUAAUGGUUGCUGUGCUGUGUUUUGUGCUGGUCCUGGGUUCCUUCAUGCCCUGCUUGCCCGAGUUCUCCUCGCUAUCCCAGACCGUGAAAUCCAACCCACUGGCCUCAGCAGAUGUGUACACCACCAGUCACAUUCGCUCACGAAGCCUCCUGUUCUACGACGAGGGCUCCCCACUGGAGGAUCGGUACGGCGCCUUCCUCAAGAUGGAGAACCCUGGCGACUGGGAGGGAGCGCCCCGAGACUUUCCCGACGAAGCGCCAGCCCGCAGUCCUCGGGCAGAGCACGAAACCACCAAGUACCUCAGCAAGGCUCACGUGGACAUGAUGGACUUCAACAGGACGGGCUCGGAGUUCAUUCACGAAAAAGAACAGUAUCACAAAAGGGCGGCGAAUCCUGAUGGCAACGCAGAAUACUUAUAACCUGUCGCGGGAGGGGGCUGCUCUCCGCAGCCUCGAUGGACGCCCGAUGGACAGGUCACAGCGGCCGGGAGGCUGGACGGCACCAGGCCAGCUCCAUACUGAGCUCAACAGUGCCCCAAGAGUGCCCAAAAGCCCCCCUGGCAUCUUUGUAAAACACUGUGCCAAAAACAAACAAAAAAAACGCUCCAGGUCCCACUCGGAGAGGGAAAGAGGGAUAAGGAAUAAGGCGAUGACUUACAGUACCAAUUUUUUUAUAGGAAGGGAAGUUUUUCUUGCAGUUGGAAAAUAAAUGUCAGGACUUUCGAAAUUGAUUUGGACAGAAGCGACUUUUUGCAUUCUAUCCUGUACUGUACCUCUGCUUUCUUCAUUUGCUUUGUCUACCUCUGCUGCGCUUGGAGAGAGUGGGAGUUUUUGUGGUAACUGUGCUGAAGAGGUGCUUGACAGAGCUUGUCAAUAUGUGGAUAAACACCACCGAAAAAAUCAAGGGUACUAGGGUACUUUGUGGAAAGCAGCGAGACAUAUAGAUUUCCACCCUAGGGAGUUGUGUGGUGGUGUUCCGAAUUCAGAACUUCAUUUGCUUGAAAAAAAGAUAUCAAAUCCAAAUUCACUGUGUGGUUCGAUAAAAACUAAUUGCACUGUGCUUCAGGACUGCUACAAACUUGAGAUUCCUUAAUAUACUCCAAAGAUUUGUACUUUAUCUGCAAAUUCACAUAUUUCUAAGUCUGGCCUCAUAUUUCCUCUUUCUUGAAAUUAUCCGGAUCUGGGGUUUGCAGAUUAUAGAGCUGUCAUUUAGUUUCACAUUGCAUGGUCUGGUUAUAUUGCUAAAUCCGUACGUAACUACUGUACUGUCUUUGUACUAGGAUACAAUUACUUCCAUUUUCAUUGACUCUAGCAUAUGUUACUACAGAUUAACAAGCUUUUAAAUUUAAGUGCCUUUCAAGCUCCUUUUCAGUACAGCUGUGUGCAUAAACUUUAUUUUUAGUUGCAAAUUUGAGGUAAUUACCCUCUCAAUUGCAUGUUCUUUUUGCUACUUUUUUUCUGGUUUUCAGUCAAAUAGAGGUAUUUGGUUUUGGCUGGGAGACAGGGGUAAAAUCUUGAAUUUUAAAUAUUUAAUGUUUCACCCACCAAAAACAAGCAGGCCAUUAUCUGUUGCAGGAAAAAAUGAGAGAAAGGAACUGGCUUUCAUUGUAAAUAAUAAUGACGAUGUAAUGUUUACAUGAUCUUGUUUUCUUAACUGUUAAACAGUUUAUAUACAUAUUUCUUUAUUUCUGUGUCAAGAAAGUUGUAUGUAUUCAGAACACUAUGAGGAGUAGCAUUCAGAAAACAAUUACACUUCUAUACUGUGGUGGUGCAACACUAAUUUACUUUUAAAUUAAAUUAAACAGGAACACAUUAGGUAAAUGGCAUUUAUGUCCUAUUUAAAAAAUGAAUUGCCAAGAAGCAAUCUAGAAAACAUUCUUUACUUAGUUAUUGUAAAAAUGAAUAAUACCAAACUUUAAUACUGCAUAAGUGUUCAAAUUUGAAAUAUAUUCUUUGAGAUGGCUUUAAAUUACUCUGUUUUGGGGAAAAUUAGAAUAAUAUGUUUUUUAAAAGAAAGUGCUGGUGUGUGAAAGACGUGCACUAUGACUGAUUAUGAACUAUCCAUUUGGAGUUUGAUAUCAAUAAAAAAACCUGACUUUAAAAUGUU